AUGCCACUCGAAGGACCACAUUUGUUCGGCUACACAUUAUUAGUUCAAUUUGUUUGCAUUCCAUUUAUCAGCAGGUUUUUGGAUGCGAUAGUGGGGAAGUCUUCAGAAAAGCUUAAACUUUCAAUGGCGUUCACUGGAGAGGAGUUGAAUUUCGGAGGCGGAAAAGUUGAAAACAACAACGACAGCACUGAGCUGGUGACGAUGUACCUUCAUAAUCCCGUCCACUUCUGUUGGUUGAUGGUUCUGGAUCAAAAAAUAGGGCUUGGAGAGGCGUAUAUGGCUGGCGACUGGUCUGCAGAACCAAAUCCAAAGGAGUUUCUCAAGCUGCUUAUUCGUGCAAGAAAGCAGCACAAAGGCGAGAGAAGCAGGAAGCAGCCCCUUCUGAAGAGCUUGAGCAAUUUGAUUUUCGAAUGGAUGCUGAGUCUAGUUCGUCGUCUGGUGAACACAUACAGAUACAUUCAACAUCGAUUCAGGGAUAACACUCUCAAACAAAGUGCCAAGAACAUUAAAGAUCACUACGACCUUGGAAACGACAUGUUCCGCAUGUUCCUCGACCCUUCGAUGACGUAUUCGUGUGCCCUUUUCCCAGAGCCAUUGGAACCAGUCGAACAGGUCAACUUCGAAGCAUUGGAACAAGCACAAAUCCGAAAAAUUGACGUGCUCACUGAUAUGCUGGAUCUAAGACCAUCUGAUAGUGUACUCGAGAUUGGAUGUGGAUGGGGUGCUUUUGCAGUGCGGGCAGUUAAAAGAAAACAGUGCAACUGGACUGGUUUGACGAUUUCGAACGAACAACUCCAAUGGGCAAAACGAAAAGUGAUCGAAGAAGACUUGGAAGAGAAGAUCUGUCUCAAAUAUAAAGAUUACAGGCUUGCAAAAGGACAAUACAACAAACUCGUAUCCAUAGAGAUGAUUGAGGCCGUAGGUCAGAAGUUUCUCACUCAAUACUUCAGAGUUUUGUCGGAUAGGCUCAUUCCCGGUGGAAUUGCAGUGUUACAGGGAAUUGUCUGCCCUGAUGCCUACUAUGAUCAUUAUUGUAACUCAUCAGAUUUCAUCAAAAAAUACAUCUUUCCUGGAGGACAUAUGCCCUCAAUAGGUGCCAUCAAAUCAUCUCUUCCCGGUAACCUCAAGAUCGCUGAAAUGAAACAUAUUGGAAGACACUACGCCGUUACGCUAGACCACUGGUACAGCGCUUGGAUGAAAAACGAGAAGAACAUCCUCGGUCUUGGUUACUCGGACGCUUUCCACAGACGUUGGCAGUACUAUUUUUGUCUGUGCUCGGCACUAUUUGCAAGCGAUCAUAUCGAUACAGUACAGUUUAAACUAGUGAAGGACAUAUAG